AGAAAAGGUGCAAAAGAAGGAAAAGUUGUGGCUGGAGGAAAUGGUCAAGGAAGAAAUCUCAAUCAAUUAUCUUAUCCUGCGGGAGUCAUUCUUGAUGAUAUGGGUCAAAUCUAUGUGGCAGAUAGUGAGAAUAAUCGAGUAAUGUGUUGGCGUGAAGGCAAAGAAGAAGGUGAAAUUAUUGUUGGUGGAAAUCAAUUGAAUCAUCCCAGUGGGGAAACGAACAGUUCCGACACAUAUCAGUUCGUCAACGAUACAGUCUACCGAGAUGGUGUCAACGAUGAUAACAAUUCGUCUGUAGUUAUAUUCACUGACCAUGAUGGGCAAAACUACAUCGACAAUCGAACAUACACAAACUCCUCGGUUGAUAGUACACGACAGGCUUCAGGUGUCUUCGUUUUCUCCGAUGGUGGCAGAUAUGAAGGGAACUGGGCUGACGGAAAGCGAAAUGGUACUGGGACACAUAACUAUUCUGAUGGCCGCAUAUACACUGGUGGUUGGAUCAAUGACAAAAGAUCGGGUUUAGGUGUACUAACUUCUUUUGGCGGUGAAACAUACAGUGGCAAUUGGGCUGAUGACAAGAGAAAUGGAUCAGGCACAUUACAAUAUGCUGACGGUAGAACAUACACAGGUGGUUGGAUGAAUGACAGAAAAAAUGGUCGUGGCAUAAUGAUCUGGCCGAAUCGUGAUAUUUAUGAUGGUGAUUGGUUUGACAGCAAGAUGCAUGGAUCAGGUGCAAUGCUGUAUGCGGAUCGCAGAAUAUAUACCGGUGGUUGGUUAAAUGGCAGAAAAUCGGGUCCGGGUAUCAUGAGUUGGCCUAAAGGCGAAAAAUGUGAUGCUGUUUGGAUUGAUGAUAAAGCAGUUUGUGAUGGUACGUAG